AGUAUCAUGAAUAUAUUUUUUUUUCCCCAAAUACUUCAGAUCGAGGAAAAGCACGCCAUCGCAGCUUCGGCACUGUUGCUGCCCUAAUUUGAGAAAGCAAAGGGAUGAGGACGACACGCAGCAAUGAAGAGGAAAAGGAAGAGUGGCGCCUGCCUUACCAUAUCUGUCGAAGUGAAAUCAUCGCCUCAAACCGAAGCUUAAGCCGGCGAUCGACUGGUUCGAAGGAGGCAGUUGGCUCGCAGCGGAACUAAGCAAGGGCUGUCGGCGCCGAUCGACAAGGGUGGGGAAGGGCCGGAUCCGGCAAGGAGAGGGCGGCGUCGGGGAAAGGAGAGCGACGAGCGCGGCCGAGGUUUGUUCUUUUUGCCGUCUCAUGGCGUGAGGAGGAAUGAGGUCGGCGGCGGCGUCCGGCUGUCUCACGUCGUGAGGAGGAGACGGAGUUGGCUUCGGCGGAACAGGCACAGGUCCGGUGAGUAAUCGGCAACUUUAUAAAAAAAGCCUACUACUUUUCCAAUUUACAAUUAGACCCUCUAUCCAACCUGAUUAGUUUAUGUAAUAUUUUAUUUACUUCGGAUUUUAGGCAGAUCAAAUUUUGGUUAAAAAAAUUAAUCUGCAAAUGGAUUGACGAUCCAUCCUUAGCUUAAUUCUGUGUAUCUAAUAAACAACAAUGAAUAAUCAUCAUCUACACUGAGAGAUGGACCACUGAGUGGGGACGAGAACGUUGAAUGCUGAUGGAUACUGACUGUUCACUCCAUUCAUUGUGGCAACGAGUAAGUGAGGUGAUCAUGAUGGCUUUCAAGAUGUUCAGUGGAUUAUCUUGACUCCAGAAACAUACAUGAGCUUUAUUUUUAAUCUUUGGGACAAAUCAUAGCCGUGCCAGACCUAACACGGUCCACCAAAAGACACACAAAAGAUAAUGUUCAAAGUAAAUCAUUCUUAAAUCAGUCGUGGAGUUGACCAUCUCUCUUUAAUGACUUGAUUAGAACGAGAAGAGAAAAGUGAUAUUCAGAGAUUGCAAGUUGAAUAUAUAUAGAUAGAUAUAGAUAUAGAUAUAGAUAUAGAUAUAGAUAGAUAAUGCUAUAGUGGGAGUAGCUGGAAAGGAAAGAGAUAUCUAUGUUAGGUAGGUAGCAUAAAGAAGGUGCCUCAAAACUUUCUUCCUAAUUCCUUUGCUAGAUGAAUGCCCCAUGAAAGCACCCAAAAGCUAUGAUAAGUUCAUCAGUGGCACUGCAUAAAAGGAGUCCUCAUGACUCUGCUAAUAAAGCACUUAGUGUGCUUAAUUAAAAAGACAUGGAGAGGCUCACCUGCCUUCAGGGGUUACUGGUCUCGUUGGCCUUCUCUCAACUCAUUACUUCAUGCUGCCUUGCAAUUCCAACAACAAGGAGUCGAAGUUUGUUCAAAUUGGAUAAAGAACUGUUGGUUCCUAAUGAUUCUGUUCAGAUUAUGAAUGGAGAUGAAGUUUUCCAAGAAGGCAAAAGUGAAAGGAUGGAUUUUGAGAUUAAUGAUUAUCCAGGAUCAGGUGCCAAUGAUCACCAUACUCCCAAACCACCAGAGUAGAAACUAUUCUCAGUUCAAUUAAGAGUUAAAAUGCUGGUAUAGAAACUAUAGGAGCUUGAUGGCAAGAGCUGUCCUUGAAGGACAGAAAUGUGAAGGAUAUUGGAGCAUGACUAGUCUUAGUAGUCUUCCAAUUGAUGUAGCAUGACUAGGCUUUUUGACCUUAUAAGUGUAAUUAAACUUUGGGUCUUCUUCACCAUAUAGGUUUAAAUGAAUGAAAGCUAUGCAAUUCUGCUCUCAGAGCAUUUUUCUUCUUUA